UCUAAAGAUUAUCGUUGGGUUCAGUGUGCUCACUGCUUAGCGAUGCUGCUGCUGAAUCGUAGCGGGCCGUGUCGGAAUGUCGUGAAAAUCUCGUCGGAAAUUAACAAAAACGCAUCGUUUUUCAACCGAAAACAAGUGCAAUCGCCAGUGGUGUGUUGAUUAAACAAAACGGUGAUUGUUUACGUUACAUCAAAGUGACCUGUGUGUUCAUUAUAUGGCCGUAUAUAUGGCAGAUCUUGACUAAAUAUCGUGCUUUUUUCGUUCUUCAACGGAGAAACAGUUAUUUGAGGAAUUUUGCCCAUGUUGAGUCAUUUUCACAAAAUGUGACCAACAUAUCAUGUCAAAGAAUGGAGUAGCAGCAGAGCUCGAGGUCCGCCUCUUUAGGCAGGACAAGAACUCCUCGUGUUAUCAUUGAUAAAAACUAAUGGUCAUGAUGCGUUUUCUAGCGCUGCUUUUAACGUUGAUCCACUACAAAACAGCUGAUGCCGAGCAAGUCGUGCUUUUGGAUACGACCGGUGAACCCACCUUAGACUGGACGAGGUAUCCCUAUGGACCGCAAGCCAACACACCUGGGUGGGUUGAAGAAUCGUUCACGAAUUUCCAAAAAGGAAUCAACUGGAGAUCGUACGUCGUAUGCGAUGUUGCCUACAACAAUGUCAAUAAUUGGCUAUGGACUCCGUUCAUAGACAGAGGAGUCGCCAAUCGAAUAUACAUUGAAAUUAAAUUCACCAUUCGGGAUUGUAGUCUAUUUCCAGGCAAUGCUUUAUCGUGCAAGGAAACGUUUAGUUUAUUAUAUUACGAGUUCGACGCGGCUACCAGAGAACCACCGCCAUGGGACGCCGACAGAUACAAACUCAUAGGUCGAAUCGCGGCCGGCGAGGGCCGUUUCAACUCCAACAGCGAAGUCAACAUCAAUACCGAAGUGAAAAGCAUUCCGGUGACGAAAAAAGGCGUUUAUUUCGCAUUUCGCGAUCAAGGUGCUUGUAUUUCACUCCUUGCCAUUAAAGUGUAUUACAUCACGUGUCCGGAAGUGACGAUUAAUUUCGCCAAAUUUCCCGCAAAACCAACCGGUAAAGAAAUCACUCUUAUCGAACAAGCGACAGGUAGUUGCGUGCCGAAUGCAGAAAUGGUCGAUGGUACGCCAACUUAUCUAUGCAAAGGUGAUGGAAAGUGGACUUUACCGAGCGGUGGAUGUAAAUGCAAGGCCGGGUUUCAACCGGAUGUGGAUAAACAAACUUGCAAUCUUUGUGGACCGGGGAUGUACAAAGCGGAAGUUGGAGAUGGGGAUUGUUUGGCGUGUCCGGGACAUUCCACCGGGAAUGAUUAUGGGCUUUCUGAAUGUCGGUGCAAUAAUGGGUAUUACCGGGCACCCACCGACCCCAAAAACAUGUCCUGCACUCAGCCUCCGUCGGCACCCCAGAACCUGACCGUGAACUUCGUGGACCAAUCAACAGUGGCGUUGAGUUGGGCCCCUCCUGAGAACCUCGGUGGUCGCACCGACACCGUCUACCGCAUCAAAUGCGACGCAUGCAGUCUCGGCCUCGUCCAAUACAACCCCCAUACUGAGACUUUCAACGACACUCGUAUCACAAUUUCGGGCCUGAACGCCGUCACCACUUAUCGCUUCCAGAUUUUCGCCGAAAACGGUGUCUCAUUCAUGCGCACCGAAGCCCCCGAAUAUGCCGAUGUUACAGUAACAACUGAAGCACUAGUCGCUAGCAGCAUCACCAAUGUACGCGUCUCCUCGGUGAUGAGUUCAGAGAUAACACUAGCGUGGGACGCACCCUCAGCAGCUGGUGAUGGCAACGACAUCGAAAAUGAUUUGGUCGAGACGUACGAAGUUCGGUGGUUCCCCAGAUCCGAUAUGGACUACAGCAACGCCUCCAGUUUACUAACAACGGACUUAUUUGCGACGAUCACGGGUUUGCAACAGAGGACUGAAUAUGGCUUGCAAGUGAGGGCUAAGACCCAGAGGGGGUGGGGGGCGUAUUCGCCGGUGAUUUUCAAGACUACAGGACAGGUACUCAAUACGGCCUAUGUGGGGGAUGAUGAAGGAAUUAGGUUACAGUUAGUCGCAGGAUCUAUUGUCGUAGUCGUCGUUGUCUUGGUGGUGAUCAUUGUUUUCACGGUUAUGUUCCUCAGAUCACGAUCGAAUGAUGAAUGUAAUAAAAAACAACCCAGUGAUUGUGAUACUUUAGAAUAUCGCAACGGGGAAGAUUGCACCAAUCACAUUAUAUAUAAUGAUGCCUAUGAUACACUUUCACGCUACCCAAAAGGAUUAGUAGUGACCUACAUGACGACGCCGCUAUUCACCGGAAUCAGCGGCUCCUCUCGCACCUACAUCGACCCUCACACCUACGAAGACCCGAAUCAAGCCGUCCGUGAAUUCGCGCGUGAAAUCGACGCCAGUUGUAUCACAAUCGAGGCGAUUAUUGGUGGCGGCGAAUUCGGGGAUGUUUGCAAAGGCAAACUUAAAACGAACGGUAUUGACAUCGAUGUCGCUAUUAAAACACUGAAAGCUGGGUCUUUGGACAAAGCUCGCAACGAUUUUCUCACCGAAGCCUCGAUCAUGGGCCAAUUCGAACACCCCAACGUGAUAUUCCUCCAAGGGGUGGUCACCAAAUCCAACCCUGUUAUGAUCAUCACCGAGUAUAUGGAGAACGGCUCGUUGGACACCUUCCUGCGCGCCAACGACGGCAAAUUCCAGGUGAUCCAGCUGGUGGGCAUGCUGCGAGGCAUCGCUUCCGGUAUGCAGUACUUGAGCGAGAUGAACUACGUCCAUCGUGAUUUAGCAGCAAGAAAUGUCCUUGUUAACUCGCAACUGGUGUGCAAAAUCGCCGAUUUCGGUUUGAGCAGAGAGAUCGAGAGUGCGACGGAAGGGGCGUACACAACACGUGGUGGUAAAAUACCAGUGAGGUGGACAGCACCGGAAGCUAUAGCUUUCCGGAAGUUUACGUCAGCGAGUGAUGUAUGGUCGAUGGGGAUCGUCUGUUGGGAGGUGAUGUCCUAUGGAGAGAGACCGUAUUGGAAUUGGUCGAAUCAGGACGUUAUCAAAAGUAUAGAGAAAGGGUAUAGACUUCCAGCGCCGAUGGAUUGUCCUGAAGCGAUCUACCAACUUAUGUUGGACUGUUGGCAGAAGGAACGCACUCACAGGCCUACAUUCCAAUCGAUUGUAAAGACUUUAGAUAAAUUAAUACGUGUUCCCGAUACCUUGCGGAAAAUAGCUCAAAAUCGCCAUCUUCCACCGUUGCUAAACCCAUACUUUCGUCAAGAUUUCCGUCGUGCAUCAGAACUGCCCACUCAGGACUCAUUUUUCGAUUACGGCCUUCCCGACGUAAUCCUGUUAAAAAACUACGAAAUGUCUCAGUGGCUUUCGCAGGAACGUUUCAAUUUGAGUCCUGAUUUCGGCAGUUCUGAUCAGACGUUGUUCACAUACCAGGGAGACACUCACACGCCACCACACACGUACACAAAAAGGGGCGCUUGGGUCACUUUUAGCAACAUUUCAACGAAUCCUUUGUCUGCCGACGCACCCGAUUUGACGAAUUUCACUUCAGUUGAAGAGUGGCUGAAUUCGAUCAAAAUGGCACGAUAUUUGGAAAACUUCCACGCCGGAGGGGUUAAUACCAUGGAUGCCGUCGUGAAUUUGACGGUGAAAGAGUUAACCGAAUUAGGGAUAACGCUUGUAGGACAUCAGAAGAAAAUUAUGAACAGUGUACAGAAUAUUCGGGCGCAGAUUAGAGUCAACGGAUCUGAAGGUUUUCUAGUGUGAACAACAACACAGUGACUAAGUGAUUUUGUGGCAGCUUGCACGUACGUUAUUUAUUGACAAAUCAAAAAUAAUGUUAUAUUGUGAUUUUUUUACGUAAUAUUUUUUGUACAAAUUUUUAUAUUUUCAACGGUACUAUAAGUUUGAUUCAAAACAACAAAAGAAGGGACAACACCAAGCGUUUUAUUAACUGAAUCAAAAGUAUACAUAUAGACGAUAUAUUUUCUACAUAUCAGUUUUAUUAAUUUAUUUAAUUCGUGUUUCUUUAGGUAAUAUUAUUAAAUGUAAAAAAUGUCCGUAGCUUAAAUCCGUAUUAAGACUGUUGUCUCAUAAUUCUAAAAAUUAUCUCAAAACAAAAAGGGGAAUAGCAAUAAUAUAAAUGUUUUGCUAAAGUUGUUCGUUUUUUAACUACAGGAAUAGGAAAAUUAAGACGUACUUAAUAAUUUUUUAUACUGCUCAAAAUAUUUCAUAUAAAAGUCGCCUAGAAUUAUCGUUUUAUUUUUUUUAUUUAUUACAUACAGAAUGUGCCAAAGCAUCUUGUUCUAUUUUAUUUGAUGGGACAUUCUGUAAUUCUAAACUUAAUUUUUAACUCAUUGACUGAUAAUUUGUCUUAAGAUAGGUCUGUUCGAGUAUAUUUAUUAUAGAAAUAAUCCAACUAUGUAACUGUUUACAUUCCAUUUUUGUACAUUUUUUUUAGACAAUAACGAAAACCACACAGGAUACCAAGGCUUUAAGUUUUCAUUUCCAUUCAGCGCGAUUAUUAUUUCAUCUAAUGCCUAAAUGUGUGUAUGUGAUGCGAAAGUUGAUGGUUCAAUUUGUCGUAACUUUUUAUUUAAGACGUUAUCAAAUUUAAUAUUUCUAUAUUAAUCUGUCAUUGUAAAAUUGUAAUAUAUUUGUAAUAUAUCUAUAAGUUCAUUAUAAAACGGACUAAACAUCUCUCCCAUCGUCCUCAAAUAAAUAUAGAAAUUUCUAUUAAAAUAGCUUUAUUCUCAUACAAAAUAAUCGUCUUCAUACAAAAAUACCUAACAUCUCAUUUUUUCUCUUCUUCUUUGUUACUAACCUCCAACUUGUCCAACUUUGUUGUAACGUCCUCAGUGUUGGCACUACUGGACUUGGGGGGGCAUAUGAGUUCACUACAUUCGCUCUCCUUCAAUAUUUUCUUGGCCUCCUCAAAUUUACUCUUGAAAGUGUCCGCAUCUGAAAGGAUAUUUUUAAUUCAUGAUCAAGUGACAAUAUAGCCAACUUAAUUUCAAAUCAGAAAUACAUACCUGGGCGGAGCCUAAUUGCGCACAAACUUGAGAGGGGGAAAAAGUAACUUUGCUAAAUGAAAUUGGGGUCCGUUACACUAUUUCCAAUUACUGUUUUUUUUUUCUUUUGCAAAGUUUAGACUUAGUAAAACAAUUAUGAACAAUAGUUUAGUAUUUUGAACCAAUUAUUUUAUUUUUUGUUAAUAAAUACUUUAACUGUGAGAAUAAAGCAAAUCUGUAC